AUGCUUGGGUGUAAUUGACUAUGAGGCAUGACUGCAUCUCUGGCCACUCAUUAUUAAUAACUUAGUAGUAGUAGUAGUAAGCGUAAAAGUGGUAGUAGUUCAUUAGUCUUAGGUAGUAGAAAGAAAAAAUACUGAGGAAAAUGAGGGCACAUAGGAUAGUUUCUCAAAAUUAAGAUUGUUUAAUAUUGAAUACAUUCUUGUAUGUAACUGAAUACUGUGCAGGAGGGAGGAGCCGAAAAACAUUACCCAUUUUCACUACCCAUUUUCUGUCUUAUUUCAGCGAUCUGAUUAAAGGAACACAAAAAAAAGAGAAGAGCAUGUAAGAAGCAAGGCAUCAACCUAAGUAUAGAUUUUCGAGACCUGACAAAAAAGCAGGGUUUUUUUUCUUUACUUUUUUAUGUUAAUUUGAUGCAGAAAAAAACAUCAACUUAAAACCACCUACAAAACUUCAAGCAUGAUGGCCUCCUCUAACAACACUUUCAUCCUCCUUCCUCAUACUGAAGCCUCCAGCAAAAAUAGCAAAACCACAGUGGACAUUGAUGCUAUUAUGGACAACAUCACUAUUGUCUUUUACACAGUUACUGUUCUUUUUGGCAUCACUGGAAAUGCUGUGGUCAUCUGGAUGUCCGGAUUCCGUCUAAAAGGCAGCGUGACCAAUGUUUGGCUGGCCAACUUGGCUGUAGCAGACCUGAUUUUCUGCCUCACUCGUGUCACUUCCUUGAUUAAGAAACUCUUCUAUGAUUAUUGGCCCUUUGGUGUGUUCCUCUGCAAGUUCAAUGGAUUCUUCAAGUACACCAAUAUGUUCUGCAGUGUUUUCAUCCUGGCCGUCAUUAGUCUGGACCGGGCGGUUUGUGUUUGGCAGCCAGUGUUCAGCAGGCAGCAGAGAACUCUAUGUGCAGCUAGACUCAUCAGUGUUGGGGUUUGGAUGGUGGCAGUGAUCUUCAGUGCACCGUAUUUUGUCUACCGACAAGUAUACACAGGCAAGAACAACUUCAGCAAGUGUGGCUUGGAGGUGCCGGAAUCACAUGAAGGUGACAACAGAGCUAAGCUGGCUUUGUACAGCAUUCGCUUCUUAUGUGGAUUUUUGUUGCCUUUCCUCGUCAUCCUGAUCUGCUAUGUUCUAGCUGGUUUAGGGAUACGGAGAACACGAAUCCUGCAGAAAUCACGGCCUCUUCGAAUUCUUGCUGGUUUGGUCUGUGCAUUCUUCCUGUGCUGGGGGCCUUAUCACUUUCUCCUUUUGGCCAAAAUGGUGGAUAGCAAGAGCCAAGCGGUGAAAGUGGGACUGCCCAUUGCUAAAGGUAUAGCUUAUUUCAACAGCUGUGUUAACCCAAUUCUGUACUUCUGUAUGGGGCUGGACAAGAGGCUGCGCUUUAAACAAACCCUGUCUCGGGUCUACGCUAGAGCUCUAGCUGAAGACUUCGAAGGGCAGACCUCACAGUCUAAAGACACAGGUUCAGGAACUGUGGAUGACGGUCGAGCUGAAAUUCAAGAGCCAAAGUAACAGGGAAGUACAUGUCUAGGCAAAUAGUCAGUCUAUGAAAGAAGACAAAAAGCAGUUGAACUGUAAUUCUAUGAGUUCCAGUAUAUCAUGCAGUGAGCCAUUGACGUAAGUCUGUCUUCAGAAUGUCAACAGGCUAAUUUAAAAUACAUUGAUAUUAAGGUUUCCUCAACUAACAUUACUAGCUGCAUGAAUUAAUAUUAAUAAAUAUUAACCACACAGCUAAAACAAAGCAUGUUUUAUUAACAGAUAUUUAUCAUAGAGUUUAAAUCUUAUCUACAUAUAACUGAACUGAGUAAUAUUUAUCCAGCCCGCAAAGUCUGCAGUAAGCCAUUACUGAUUUUACGAGUUUCACUAAUUUAUCAGUCGAAUUUAAAAUACAUUUAUAUUAAAUGUUAGGUUUUCAGAACUAGCAUUAAUUACUGCAUUAACUCCUAUUGUGAAAUGUGAAACAGACAGGUGAAGUUAGAAAGCUAGAAAAUAUAUAUAUAUAUCUAUCUGGCACCAAGAUGUUAGCAGCAGAUCCUUUAGGUCUUCUAAGUUGAGGUGGGGCCUUCAUGGGACUUAAAGGAUAAUUACAGUACUUAAAGGAUACUUUUGAUAGAUACUGACCACUGCAGACCAGGAACACCCCACAAGAGCUGCAGUUUUGGAGAUGCUCUGAUCCAAUGGUCUAGCCAUCACAGUUUGGAGCAUCAAACUCGCUCAAAUCCUUACACUCGGCCAUUUUUCCUGCUUCUAACAUCAACUUGUUGACUUGCUGCCUAAUAUAUCCCACCCACUAACAGGUGCCAUGAUGAGGAGAUACUCAUCAUUCACUUCAAUAGUCUUAUUCACUUCACCAGUCACUGCUCAUAAUGUUAUACCUGAUUGGUGUAUAUAUAAAUUUAAAAAUCACCUGGUAUAUUUUUUAUUAGUUUUUAGCUAUUCAGUGAGUUUGUGCUCAUUUUUUUGUACAUGGCUUCCAGGAGUGGAACCCAAUGUGGUCUUCUGCUGUUGUAGCCCAAUUCGCUUCCCAGUUCUUCAUGUUUUGUGUAUACUGAGAUGCUUUUCUGUUCAUCACAGCUGUAAUGAAUAAAUAUUUGAGGUAUUAUAUCCUCCCAGGCAAUACAGACUGAUUUGGCCAGUUUCUCUGACCAUUCUGAUCAACUGAGGUUUCAGUAAGCUGUUUCGAAACUGGAUUAAUUGCAUGUACAGAUAUGAUCUACACAUUAUUGUUGUAUUGCUAUGAUAUUUAUUGUUAUGUCUUGACUAGCAAAAUAAAGCAGAUACAAGUAA